CCGCCUCCUCCUCCCUCCUCCUCUAUCUGUUUAGUGGCUAAACAUGGCUGAAGCUCCUCCAUGGCCUAGCCGGUUCUUCUGUCACAGAUGCUCGGCAGAGAUCAGUCCUCGGCUUCCCGAGUACACAUGUCCACGAUGUGAUUCAGGGUUUAUUGAGGAACUGCUGGAGGAUAGAAGUGCUGACAAUGGAUCCAUGUCUACCAUCUCCAGUGGGCCCCAGAACCAGCAGCCAUUUGAGAAUGUGGACCAGCACUUGUUUACAUUCCCUUCAAGCUACGGCCAGUUUUCCCUGGGUGUAUUUGACGACCGUUUUGACUUUGGGUCCGGACUGGGAACAGAGGACAACCGGGAUGCCGAAAACAGGCGGGAAAGGGAAAAUGCAUCACGGCAACGAUAUGGUGCCAGGCAACCCAGAAGUCGUCAUGGUUCAAGACGACAAGCAGGGAGGCAUGAGGGAGUUCCCACUUUAGAGGGAAUCAUUCAGCAACUAGUCAAUGGAAUAAUUGCACCCACUGCAAUGCCAAAUAUUGGUGUUGGACCCUGGGGUGUUCUUCAUUCAAAUCCUAUGGAUUAUGCCUGGGGUGCUAAUGGACUAGAUGCAAUUAUAACUCAGUUAUUAAACCAGUUUGAGAACACGGGACCUCCGCCUGCUGAUAGGGAUAAAAUUAAAAGUCUUCCUACAGUACAUGUUACAGAUGAACAUGUUGCUUCAGGACUGGAAUGUCCAGUGUGUAAAGAAGAUUACAGUGUUGGAGAAACUGUGAGGCAGCUCCCGUGCAAUCACAUGUUCCACAAUGAUUGCAUAGUCCCCUGGCUGGAACAGCACGACACGUGUCCAGUGUGCAGGAAAAGCUUGAGUGGACAGAACACAGCAACAAACCCUCCAGAAUUAUCAGGGAUGAACUUUACCUCCUCCUCUUCCUCCUCGUCAUCCUCUUCAUCUUCCUCUACCCCCCAGUCCUCAAGUUCGACCAGCAAUGAGAACUCCACCGAUAACUCAUAGAGUUACCAUUUGUCCUUAUCACUCUGUGAGCUGUUUAUAGCUCCUAGGCUGCUGUACUUCAGAGCGGUGACCUCCAGUCUCUCCCUGCUAUUGGGGUAGAGACCUGAGUGCAUCUCGCCAGGGGCACUCGAGCCUGAUUCAGGGGUAAGUGAUACGUGAGAUCCAUGUAUUUCUGCCCGUCCUGUUGCUCCCACCUUCAUCAGGAAUCUGAACAAAGGAAGGGGCAGAGGCCUGGAGUGCAGCUUCUGUCAGGGAGGAUGUGGAGACGCAGGGAAACUUCAAAAGGCUCGAUCUGCCUGAAUCAACCUCAUACAGGAAGAGAACACAAAGGAAUCCAAAGGUAGAAGACUCGUGACAACAAGACAGUUGCUGUUUCUUUUCUUUCUUUUUUUUUAUUAUGUCCAAACUUGUGUGAUUUUAAAAUAAUCCACCUUUGCCAAUGAAGCAAAUGGAAAUGUACAGUUAUUCCUUUUUAUAAGUAGCAGUCAUAUCUCACAGAUAGAAUGACUCAAAGUGCACUGUUUAAGUGUGCACUUUAGUUUCUUCAUGGUUUGAAAUCAGAUUGCAUCUGAUUCCCUUCUCAAAAUGAAAUGACAAUAGUUUAUGAAAUUAUUUUAUUGUAACUUACACUUUUAAGAUUACCUGGCAGUAGACAGGUACCAUUGUUUGCACUUGAAAUAAUGCAGUAAUUUUGUGCCGUUUGGAUACUGAUGUGAAUAAUAAUUGCUAAAUUACACACAUGGAUUUUUUUUUUUUUUAUCUGCAAGCAUACAAUAUGGAUCAGCUUUUCACAUGAAACACUUAGAAACAUUUCAGUGCAUUUGUGCAUUUUAACUUAAGGGUAAAUUAAAUAUUUUCUCAAGUUGACAGUUGGAAAAAAAAAAAAGUAUUGAUGAUUGUGUCCAAAAAAAAAAAAUGAUAUGAAAAUAAAGUCUGGGUGCUACCACUCAAAAUUCAUGUAAAGCAUUCUGUGUGUGUGUGUGAUCCUCUUUUAAGGUCUAAUCAUGAACAGCAACAGUAGUCAUACGUAAAAUGGUGAAAUCAAGCUUGUGAUGCUAAAUGCGAACAAAUGUGUUUUAAUUGUGUGUAAACAAGCACUGCGGCGAAGUCUGUUUUUUCUUUUUCUGCACAUAUUUUGUGUGCUGCGGUCAGACAGAAGUGCAGCAAAACAAGCAGGACAUCCAUUUUCCAUUUAUUUUUCAUUGGUUCGGCAAUCAUCACCAAACAAAAAAACAGUCACUUGUUUGUCCUAAAACCAAAUAAAUAAAAUAUUAUGCGAAA